GGGGAGCUGGCUGUGACACGGCCCACCUUGGCCCGCGGCGCGGGCUCUGGGACUGCGGGGGACGAAGGGCCCAGCGGCCUCCCAGGACGCGAUUAUCUGGCUGUCGUGAUGGUUACGUACUGAGUUAAGUACUGAUGGUUACGUACUGAGUUAAGUACUGAUGGUUACGUACUGAGUUAAGUACAGGCUAACGACGCUGGGUGCUGGGGGAGCCGUGCCUAGAGCGCUGCGGAGAGCAUCUGCCCCCGGUCCGAGGAAACCCUUCGGACCCACAGCGUUUCCAUCAUCCCCGUAUUUUUGAAGUGUUAUUACCCGGGCAACUGCUUCACGGCUCAGGGUUCUGUGCGAGACACGGCCAGGAAGUGAUGCAAUUACCAGAGGAGUAAAACAAAACAACAACAACAACAACAACAAGAAACAACCAGCCUUACGGCCCAGCCUCAAUUCAGAAACCCUCAUGACACAGGAGCCGAAGGCAGCAGGAUGUAACUCCACUUUGAAGUGCCAACCGUUCCAGUUGAACAAACGUAACCCAAGAGACCCAGCUCCGCGGCAAGAUGGAAGGAGGCUUCAGGAAAGCUGAUAGCAAUUCACCAUGAACUUGCUCACAACCUCUGGCCCCACGAUGAGUUCCCACUGUCAUCCACCGUCGUAGAAUUUAGGGUUAUGACUCACUGAUAAAAAAGAAGGACUUCUCCAAAUACUUCGCGUUGUGAUUGUGUAUGAUGGAUACCAAGGAAGAGAAGAAGGAACGGAAACAAAGUUAUUUUGCGCGAUUGAAAAAGAAAAAACAAGCCAAACAAAAUGCAGAGACAGCCUCAGCCAUUGCUACGAGGACCCAUACUGGAAAAGAGGAUGCUAAAGCAGUCAUUUUAGAACAAGACAAGGCCAACAUUGCUGUAGAAGAGGAAUAUAUUACUGAUGAAAAAAAAAAGAGAAAAAAUAAUCAGUUAAAGGAGAUCAGGCGUACAGAACUAAAGAGAUAUUAUAGUACUGAUGACAAUCAAAACAAAACACAUGAUAAAAAAGAGAAGAAGAUGGUGGUUCAGAAGCCCCAUGGUACUAUGGAAUAUACUGCUGGAAGCCAGGACACCCUAAACUCCAUAGCCCUGAAGUUUAACAUCACUCCCAAUAAAUUAGUGGAACUGAAUAAACUUUUCACACACACUAUUGUUCCAGGCCAGGUCCUUUUUGUGCCAGAUGCCAACUUUCCUUCCAGUACCUUAAGGUUCUCAUCAUCCAGUCCUGGUGCUACGGUCUCUCCUUCAUCAUCAGAUGCAGAAUAUGAUAAGCUGCCUGAUGCUGACUUAGCAAGAAAGGCCUUAAAACCCAUUGAAAGAGUCUUAUCAUCCACUUCUGAAGAAGAUGAGCCAGGCGUGGUAAAAUUUCUCAAAAUGAAUUGCCGAUACUUCACUGAUGGAAAGGGGGUGGUCGGAGGCGUCAUGAUUGUUACUCCUAACAACAUCAUGUUUGACCCUCACAAGUCUGAUCCCCUGGUCAUUGAGAAUGGUUGCGAGGAGUAUGGCCUCAUUUGCCCCAUGGAAGAGGUGGUUUCCAUUGCUCUCUACAAUGACAUUUCCCACAUGAAGAUCAAAGACGCCCUGCCAUCUGACCUACCUCAGGAUCUUUGUCCUCUGUACAGGCCUGGAGAAUGGGAAGACCUGGCUUCAGAAAAAGACAUCAACCCCUUCAGUAAGUUCAAGUCUCUCAACAAGGAAAAACGGCAGCAGAAUGGGGAGAGAAGCAUCUCUUCGGAUUCCAAAUCAGUAAGACCUUUGGAGAAGUCAACAGAACACACAUACAUAAAGCCCUCAGAUAACUCUCUGUCAAGAAAGUUAAAGAUACUGGAAUCUUCUACAGAGGCAACCAGUGGAUCUACCACAGUGACUAAGGUCAGCAAGGAGCCUUCUGACACUCGUGCUGCAUUUGAAUCUAUAGCCAAAGAAAAUUCCCUUUUAGGGGAAGAUGAUGACUUUGUUGACUUGGAAGAACUUUCUUCUCAACCUGAUAGUGGAAUGGAUAAAAGAGACACCUCAAAAGAGUGCCUUUCUCUUGACCCAAGAGAGCUAAGGAAGGCUAAGUCCCACAUCAUCGGUUCUACCACAGAAAUGCAGGUGCAGUCAGCCCUGAACUUUUCAGGAGCAGAUAAUGAUGCCGAACUGAAGGAAGCCCUAGAUUUAGAAACCUGUGAGAAGCAAGAUAUAAUGCCAGAGGUGGACAAGCAGUCUGGUUCCCCAGAAAGCCAGGUGGAAAACACACUGAACAUACAUGAAGAUCUUGAUAAAGUUAAACUCAUUGAGUAUUACCUUAAUAAGAACAAAGAAGGGUCACAGUUAACUGAAAACUUGCAGAAGGCAGAAUUAAGUGAUGCCAAAAAGACUGAGCCAGUGGGAAUAGAUAUCACCCUUAGUAGUUCUCUUCCCCAGGUGGGUGGUCCCCCAACUGAGGGCAGUAAGGAGCCAGAUAAAACCUGGGUGAAAGACAGAGUAUCCCUCCCAUUGCAACUGGCAUCUUCUACAGAAGAAAAUGUGAAUAAAGGGUCUUUAGACACCUCUUCAGAAUCUACUCUGGACAACAGCUGUCAAGGCGCGCAAAUGGAUAAUAAGUCUGAAAUUCAGCUGUGGCUCUUAAAGAGAAUUCAGGUACCCAUUGAAGAUAUGCUUCCUUCAAAAGAGGAGAAAAGCAAGACCCCACCCAUGUUUCUGUGCAUUAAAGUAGGAAAGCCGAUGAGAAAAUCCUUUGCCACUCAGAGCGCAGCCAUGGUCCAGCAGUACGGCAAACGAAGAAAGCAGCCAGAGUACUGGUUUGCCGUUCCUCGGGAAAGGGUGGAUCACUUGUACACAUUCUUUGUUCAGUGGUCUCCUGACGUCUAUGGGAAAGAUGCCAAAGAGCAAGGCUUCGUGGUGGUGGAAAAGGAAGAACUGAACAUGAUUGACAACUUCUUCAGUGAGCCAACCACCAAGAGCUGGGAGAUCAUCACCGUUGAGGAGGCCAAGCGCAGGAAGAGCACUUGCGGUUACUAUGAGGAUGAUGAGGAGGCCGCCCUGCCGGUCCUGCAGCCCCACAGUGCCCUCCUGGAGAACAUGCACAUCGAGCAGCUGGCCCGACGCCUUCCAGCACGGGUACAGGGGUAUCCGUGGAGACUCGCAUACAGCACAUUAGAGCAUGGGACCAGUUUGAAAACUCUCUAUCGGAAGUCAGCAUCCCUCGACAGUCCUGUCCUGUUGGUCAUCAAAGAUAUGGAUAAUCAGAUUUUUGGAGCAUAUGCAACUCAUCCUUUCAAGUUCAGUGACCACUAUUAUGGCACAGGCGAAACGUUUCUGUACACAUUUAGCCCCAAUUUCAAGGUCUUUAAGUGGAGUGGAGAAAACUCAUACUUUAUCAAUGGAGACAUAAGCUCUUUGGAACUUGGUGGUGGAGGCGGACGAUUUGGUUUAUGGCUAGAUGCUGACUUAUACCAUGGACGGAGCAACUCUUGCAGCACUUUCAAUAAUGAUAUCCUUUCCAAAAAGGAAGACUUCAUAGUUCAGGACCUUGAGGUGUGGACAUUCGAGUGAAACUCACUCAGACUGCCUUAAAAUACCACAUGAUAAAGAUCGGGUUCCAUCAGCCCUCCUGAAGCUGGCUGGAAGACAGGCCCUGGCCCUGACUGCCUCGUCCAUACUGCUUGCUUUCCGCCAUCGUCUCAGAGCACGGCCACACCGCAGAGGGAUUCUCAAAGGGACAUGUGGAAGGCAGACAACGAAGAAAGAGAGUUGAAGUCCGGAUUGUUGAAAGACUUUGUACUCCCAUUUCCUUCACAUCCAUACAGCGAGGAAUCAGAAUAUUUAUAGAUGUAUGAGUUGAAUGCAAUUUUUAUUUUUGGUAACUGUGAAAAAAAAAGAUACUGUGGAAAUACAUACAUGCCUUGUGUAUUUAUCAACAUAAUUUUCAUUACCAAAAUGUACAGCAUACUAUUGUUUGCCAUGGAAAAGAUUAGUCUCAUUUAGAAAAAUUGAAAGUGCUUGGCACUUAAAGGGAAUAUAUGAUUUUUUUAAAAAUUGUCUUAUUUAUUAUUUCUAGUAUAUUGUCGAAAUGUGUUGGCAGUUUUUUCUUUUAAUGUGCAAAUCUUGGAAUAAAGAAAUGUAUACAUUUUGUGCUAUGUUUUGGCAACAAACCCAUUUGAUUUAUAUAGUUUUAUAUUGAAUUUUUUUUUUUGCCCUGAUUGUUUAGGGUGAUAGGUCUUAAGCAGCAUAUGUAUAUGCAUAAUUCUGAAAUUUAGAAACUCAUUACCAAUGUUUAUAUUGAUUUGACUAUUAUAGGCCAGCCUUCCAUUUAGUCAUUAAAAAGGUACAUUUUUACUUACUCUGAUCAUAAUUGUGUGAAGCAGCAGCAGCAGCCAUUUCUCACAGUCAUAAGUUGGUAUUUACAAAAAUGGUACCUUUCUGAAUCUAGACUUAGAACAAUCCCUGCUUUUGAAAAGAAAAUGUUUUGUUUCCUACAAAAUCAUGUGUAUUGAUAACAAAAACUUUAUUUUCUUAGUGUGUUGUGCAUAAUUUCCCCCAGCUUCUUAAAUUAAUGAAUAUGCCCCUGUUUUAAAAGAAACUGAAUGUUUUAAUUUCUGCAUAUUUUAUAUCAAAUGCAAAAUGUCAAAUUAGCCCAAUUCUCUUGGUUUCUAGACUCGUUUGAGAAAAAGCAAUGCAAAGAAGUACAUUCAUACCAAAAUUGGAAUUUAAAAAACCCUAUUUUUUAACAACCCAUUUUCAUAUCAUAAAAUACUCUUUGUUAAAAAUUAUUUUAAAAACCUUGUUAAAAAUUAAACAAUAUUAUCGAUUGCCAAACUUUUAUGAAAGCCAAAGACUGCUAAUGGAAAAAGUUUUCAAAUAAUAGCCAAAGCUGAGAAGUAGUCUGUCAUAAAUUUCAUCCCCAGUGAUCUCUGAAAGGAAAAAUUAAAAACAAGUAGCAUUUAUAUAUCUGCAUUUAAAAAAAAUAAAAUCAUCUUUAUAGAAUGUUAGCCUUAAGCUGGCAGAAAAUUUCCUUUAAAUUAUUCUCUUAUGUUUGGAUAUUUAUGGAAGAGAACAAAUUACCAAGUAGCCUCCUGUCAGAUCAGCAACUCCUUCACCCCACUCACAUUCCAUGCAAGUUUAAAUGAAUUCUGUUAAGUCUUAAAUAUGUUAUCUGGGUGUGCUUUCACCCAAGUCCUCCUAUUGAGAACUCUGGAUUAACAACAUAUUGACAGUUUAACCUUAAUCUGCUUGUUAAAUGAUGUGUUGGUGUGAGAUAUCAGGAAUGUCUCAUGAUGAUCAAGUUUAGCAUUUAUGCCAUUUGCAACCAUAGGCUAUUAACGAACAAAAUGGUCAUUUUGCAUAUAGUUCACUCCUACCUAGUUUAGUCCAUGAUACUAUACUUGUGAGAGCAUAUCCAGAUGCUGUGUUCUCUAUUUAAAACAGUAUUGUCCAAUCAGAAAUGUGUGGCCCUUCAUUUAUGGAUAUUGAGUAUAUGUAAUGCAGUGCUAGCCCAGUAUUUUCAAUAAAGGAAUUUAUGCAUCCAG